UCUUCUUAUCUUAUCCCCUCCUCCCGCCUGUUUCUCCUUCGCCUUCGGAAGCAGACCAGAGCAGGGUGGCACCCAAGAACCUGUGCGCCAUGGCUUCCACCGCCCUCUCCUCCGCCUUCUCCCUCAUCCGCGUCCCCACCGCCUCCUCCCUCCCCAAAGCCGCGCUCCCCUUUCCCACCCGCGGCCGCUUCGCCGUCGCCUGCGCCUCCACCGCCUCCCCGAAGGUCCUCGAGCUCGGGGACGCCAUCGCGGGGCUCACCCUCGAGGAGGCGCGCGGCCUCGUGGACCACCUGCAGGAGCGCCUCGGCGUCUCCGCCGCCGCGUUCGCCCCCGCCGCCGCCGUCGCCGCCCCGGGCGCCGCCGCGGCGGGGGGCGAGGAGGCCGCGGCACCUGCGGAGAAGACGGAGUUCGACGUGGUAAUCGAGGAGGUGCCCAGCAGCGCGCGCAUUGCGACCAUCAAGGUGGUGCGCGCGCUGACGAGCCUGGCGCUGAAGGAGGCCAAGGACCUCAUCGAGGGCCUGCCCAAGAAGCUCAAGGAGGCCGUGAGCAAGGACGAGGCCGAGGACGCCAAGAAGCAGCUCGAGGAGGUCGGCGCCAAGGUGUCCAUCGCCUGAAAUGCACCAGGACUCCUAGGACUCCUUUUUCCCAUUUGUAUUUUGUUUUCUGGCAACCACACAAUUAUGUGUCAGUUGUUGCUGUCAGAACUGUACUACCGCGUUGUUUCAGCACGAUAUCAGCUUUUGCUACGUGCGUAUGGGUUGAUACACAAAUCUUAUUAUGUAUUAUGAUGCUCCAUUCUAGAUUUCA